CGGGAGGGCAGCGCCGCGGGGCGGCCGCCCACCGCCCGCGUUUUGUGCUUGCAGCAAAUCCAGAGCAACUUCAUCGUGGUGAUCCACCCCGGCUCCACGACCCUGCGCAUCGGGAGGGCCACGGACACGCUGCCCGUGGGCAUCCCCCACGUCAUCGCUCGGCGGCACAAGCAGCAGGGCCAGGCGGCAUACCGGGACAGCUGGCUGCUGCGGGACGGCCUCAAUAAACCUGAAAGUACAGAGCAGAGACAAAAUGGCCUAAAAAUGGUGGACCAAGCAAUAUGGUCCAAAAAGAUGUCAAAUGGUGCCAGACGUAUCCCAGUGUCACCUGACCAGGCCAGGUCAUACAACAGACAGAUGCGGCCAGCUAUUUUAGAUCACAGCUCUGGGGCCAAAUGGACAAACACCUCUAAUCAUCCUGAGUUUUUGGUAGGAGAAGAGGCACUGUAUGUUAAUCCAUUAGAUUCUUACAAUAUACAUUGGCCUAUUAGAAGAGGGCAGCUGAAUCUCCACACGGGACCUGGCGGCUCCCUCACUGCAGUAUUAGCAGAUCUUGAAGUUAUAUGGUCACAUGCAAUACAAAAGUAUCUGGAAAUACCACUGAAAGAUCUAAAGUACUACAGGUGCAUUUUACUAAUUCCAGACAUCUACAAUAAACAACAUGUGAAAGAACUGGUGAAUAUGAUCCUAAUGAAGAUGGGCUUCUCAGGAAUUGUGGUGCACCAGGAGUCUGUCUGUGCUACAUUUGGAAGUGGUUUAGGCAGUGCAUGCAUAGUAGACGUGGGAGAUCAGAAGACAAGUGUUUGCUGCGUAGAAGAUGGAGUUUCCCAUCGCAACACCAGGCUCUGCCUUGCAUAUGGAGGAUCUGAUGUGUCAAGGUGUUUUUACUGGCUUAUGCAACGAGCAGGGUUUCCGUACAGAGACUGUCAGUUAACUAAUAAGUUGGAUUGCCUUCUGCUUCAGCACCUAAAGGAGACAUUUUGUCACCUAGACCAGGAUAUUUCUGGAUUGCAAGACCACGAGUUCCAAAUUCGGCAUCCAGAUUCUCCAGCUCUAUUAUACCAGUUUCGAUUAGGGGAUGAAAAAUUACAGGCUCCAAUGGCUCUGUUUUAUCCAGCAACUUUUGGAAUUGUUGGACAAAAGAUGACAACUUUGCAACACAGGUCACAAGGGGACCCCGAGGAUCCUCAUGAUGAGCAUUAUCUGCUAGCCACACAAAGUAAGCAGGAGCAGUCUUCAAAAGCUACAGCUGAUAGAAAAUCCAUGUCAAAGCCUGGUGCCUUUGAGGGAGACAUGAGAGGCCAAGUUACAGAUAUUUCAGAGAGGAUGUACCCCCAAGAAGUUGAACUGGGAUCCUCCCAAAGUGACUGUAUGAUAUCUGGAAAUGAUUCAGAGGAACCUUUAACUGCACACGUGUCCAGAAAAACAGCUGUUUCUCAAUUUGAAGGCAAAGCUUUAGGCCUUGACAAAGCCAUUCUUCAUAGUAUUGAUUGCUGUGCAUCUGAUGACACAAAAAAGAAGAUGUACAGCUCCAUCUUAGUGGUGGGAGGAGGCCUUAUGUUUCAUAAAGCUCAAGAGUUCCUUCAACACCGAAUUCUCAACAAAAUGCCCCCUUCUUUUAGAAGAGUAGUUGAAAACGUUGAAGUCAUCACAAGACCUAAGGAUAUGGAUCCCCGCUUAAUUGCAUGGAAAGGAGGUGCUGUCUUGGCCUGUCUUGACACAACUCAGGAGCUAUGGAUAUAUCAGCGAGAAUGGCAGCGUUUUGGUGUCAGAAUGUUACGAGAGCGAGCUGCAUUUGUAUGGUAACUGAUGUGUUUACAUAGUUAAUUAAAAAUUCAGUUCCCUCAAAUGUCAUUGUUUUUUUUGUUUUGUUUUUCCAAGGCACUGGAAAAAAUAUACUGAUCUUAUGCUGAUAUUUAUCUUAAUAAAAUUAAAUUGAACUGAGAUUUUUCCAGUAGCAGUGCAAAAAUCUUACAGAGUCCAUAUUACUUCAGUAUUGCUAUACUCGAUUCUAUUUUGAGUUGUGUGCAUUGAAUUCUGUGUACCUCCAUCUCCAGAUUCACUAUAUUUAUAUGAUGUAGAUCAUAUACACACACAUACACACACACACACACACACAACCACAUUAAAGUUGCACAGUGAGGGAAUAUUAGGUAUCAAAUGCUGAAAUGGUAAGUAUUAAGCCAAGACUGGGAAGUCUGCAGUCUGUGGGAUUAAUGUCUUAUUACAAUUCCUAUGCUAUUGUUACCCAAAGAUGGAAUUGUUGUACAAACCAUUAUUGUGGAAACCACGAAAGGGAGAACCUAAACUUCAGUUGCUGUUGUAGUUUCUAUAAUAAAUUGUAUUAUUCAGUGGAAAAACA